AUGGCGGACGACAACAACGAGGUGGCAUCCCUUGUGUCUUUACUUUCACGCUUCGAACGCACUUCAGAAUAUCCAGAAACGUAUCUUAAACCUCCUUCUUCUCUUGAGAAAGAUACUAAAGCAACAGUGAAGGACAUUUUUGAUUUUUGCAAGAAAGACGAGCCGAAUAGUAGCCGUUCUCUUGCAAGCACGUGUCCAUUGCAGGAACUCUUGGUAGAUGAUUUUGAUAUCGAACAAAUUUGGCAAGAAAUUGAGCUGCAGAAUACUCCAUUGCUGCACUUAGGAAAGAAAGACAUCCAUAUUAUAAAACAAGAAGCUGAAAAGAUUUCGUUAUGUUUAGCUUACGCCAGGAGUAAAGAUCUUGUUGAAGGAAAUCAACUUGUAGACAUGGAAAGUGAAACCAUUAGUGAUAAUAUAAAUGGAUUUGUAGAACAUGGAAAUGAAAGUGAUUCAGAUGAUUACAGUUCUGGAAAGGAAUCUGGUCUUGAAAAUAGUGACGAGGAAACUGAUAAUAAUUAUGACAAGAAUACCAAUGAUCGGAGAGAAGUAAACACUACAAGCAAACAGAAAGGGAAACAAAAACCUUCUGCAAAAAAGUAUCAAGUUGAUGACAAGUUCUUUAAACUCUCAGACAUGCUUCAGUUUUUAGACAAAGAAGACAGAAAAUUUGAAAGAGCACAUAAAAAGAAGAACCAAACAGAAAAUGAUGACGAAGAUGAUAGUGAUGAGAAUGAAAGUGAACUUGUUGAUUAUUUUGUUGACAUUGGUGGUAGUGAUAUGGAAGAUGAGGAAGAUGAUGACUGGAACAAGGCACUUGAUGCAACGGAGAGGUUUCUUGGAAGGUGCAUUUCUACACAUAGAUAGACCUUCUUUAAGGUGGCUCGAUACAGUUUGUCAGGGUCAAUACCUCCCAAGUUUGAGCGUAAACUACGACGCCAUAAACAAAGAUUAGGAAAAAUUAACACCACAGUUGUAUUAGAUAAAGAUGAAAAUUUGUUAUGAUCAGGGUUACAAUGAGAUCGGAGUUGUCAUAGCAACGAAAUGACGCCAUUACCUAUUUUACUUGCAGCAGUAUUUCUCGGCACUGGGAACUGUUCUUCCAAAAUCGUUUACUGGAGCUUUUACCUCGAUAGUUGCCUCGAUGUUAAGUGAAGUUUAAGCGAAAUCUGUAAGGCGUUAUCGAGAUAUUCUGGGAUGAAGUUUUUCUGGUUAGAAAUACGGGAAAAAAUUGACAAUCUUGAUGUUGGACUGUUAUCUGUACUAAACGAAGCGCUUUUGACAUGCAAUUUCACCUCAUAGUAGUUUCAAUCUUUUUAAAAACGUGGGUGAAAGAUCAUGGAGAUACCUUCAGCGGAUUGCUAGAAAGAAGGAUUUGAUUAGUACGUAUCGGGGCGCUCUUGUUAGCCGUAAUGUAAACAUUUCGGUCUACUUUAACAAAUUAGCGAAUAAUUUUUAAACCGCUCGAUAAAUUUUCUAAAAAAAUUGCAAGUGUUGAGAUAAACCUUCCUUUUAUUUGACCUCUUAGUUUCAAGAUUAUUGAUAUAUUGUAAGGUAGUAAAAUAAAGGCUUCAAUUCGCUAAUAUUUUGUCAGAAAUUUUGUCUUUACAAGUGAGAGCCUCUUAUUAUUCAGGGGUAGUGUCUCAAAGUUUCAUUUUCACGUGAACAGCAGUAACUAACAAUGCAUUUGACAUAUGCAAAACUGCUAGCUAUUGUUGUGCACGAAAAUAUGAAACUUGGAGACAAUAGCCCUGAAUAAUGAGAGGCUUUCACUAGUAAACACAAAAUUUCUGACAAAAUGUUAGCGAAUUCAAGCCCUUAUUUUACUGCCUUACAAUAUAUCAAUAAUCUUGAAACUAAGAGGUCAUAUAAAAGGAGGGUUAAUCUCAAGACUCUUAAAUUUUCUAAAAAAUUUAUCGAGCGGUUUAAAAAUUAUUCGCUAAUUUGUUAAAGUAGACUGAGAUGUUUACAUUACCGCUAACAAGAGCGCCUUGAUACAUACUAAUCAAAUCCUCCUUUCUAGCAAUCGGCUGGAGGUAUCUCCAUGAUCUUUCAGACACGUUUUUAAAAAGAUUGAAACUACUAUGAGGUGAAAUUGCAUGUCAAAAGCGCUUCGUUUAGUACAGAUAACAGUCCAACAUCAAGAUUGUCAAUUUUUUACCGUAUUUCUAACCAGAAAAACUUCAUCCCAGAAUAUCUCGAUAACGCUCUUACAGAUUUCGCUUAAACUUCACGAACAUCGAGGCAGCUAUCGUAGGUAAAAGCUCCAGUAAAUGAUUUUGGAAGAACAGUUCCCAGUGCCGAGAAAUACUGCUGCAAGUAAUAUAGGUAAUGGCGUCAUUUCGUUGCUAUGACAACUCCGAUGUCAUUGCGACCCUGAUUAUAACCAAUUUUCUUCUUUAUCUGAUACAACUGUGGUGUCAAUUUUUCCAAAUCCUUGUUUAUGGCGACGCAGUUUACGCUCAAACUUGGGAGGUAUUGACCUUGAAAAACUAUAUCGAGCCACCUUAAGGCCAUUACUCUAAAUACUAAGACUUGGUUGUUGCUUAACCCUUUUACUUGCAAUAGAUAAAUUUCUUUUUGUAAAAUCCUAAGAAAAAGAAAAGUCCGAAGCGGUACGUGUCACUUUCUGUGUGACUAUAUUUUGUUUUUACCUCAUAGUUUGAAAGGAUUUUUGUCUUAACAAAGAAAGUAUGGAAAAAUUGUUAAAGAUUACAUGGAAAGGUUUUACAAUCCACUUUGAGAACUACUUGUUAAGAGAAAAGAGUUUUUUUAGAGGGGAAAUGCUUUCUAAAGAAUGAUCUACGGAAGCCAUAUAUAGUGUGUGCAAAUGGCAACCCUCAUGUCAUUCCCCUGUUAUCUGUGGGGAAAUUUUAUUUUGUUAUAAAAGAAAUAGUUAAAAUUGCAGCUGUGCAACCACAGAGUGGUGAAAGAAAUUGGGAGGUUUGCUGAUACUCAAGAAGCUACAGUUGCUCCUGGCCAUGCCUUGAACAACUCUUAUGCUUUUUUCAUGUUUAGCAACCUCCUACAUGCAUCAAUAUCUUGAUGGUUGCAUGCUGCACGUUUACCUUUUCUUAAAAACAUGUAUUUCAGCCUCAACUGAUUGUAACCACCCUACUGUCAGUGAUUAUUUUAUCUAUUUUCAUGGGAAAUGCACUUCAAAGUAUGUCCAUUGUAACAGAAUGCCACAGAAGUGAAUCCCUUAUUCAGUCUUUCUCUGUUUUUCCCUGUAUUGUUUUGUCGGUAGGGAAAGAAAGAUAACAAAGAAAGACAAGCAAAAGACGAAGACUGCAAGAGAAAUUAAAUAUGCUGAUUUCUUUGAUCCCCCUGAUGGAGAAAUGUUGGAAAAGGCAGGAAGUGAUUCAAACUAUUUUGAGGAAGAAGAUGAAGCUGGUGAGGAGAUGGAAAGUGAAGAUGAUGGAGAAAAUGAGAAAAACCAUCAAAACAGCGGUGAUGAAAAUGAAGUGGAUGAUGAUGAUGAUGAUGAUGAUGAUGAUGACGAUGAUGAUGAAAAAUCCAAAGUGUUUUCUAAUUUUGAAAAGAAGCAAGAAAAGGUAGGGUGUCAAAAUAAUUUUGAAUUUUCUCAAUGAAACAUUUGUCCCUGAGAAGGUCACAUGACUAACCAUAACAGAUGGGGUGCAUGGAAAUUUAAAGUGUUUAGUUACUCCUGAUCUAAUUCUAAAUUCUCUCUUUGAUUCCCAAGCAUACACAAGGCAUAUUGGAAGGAGUGUCUAGCUGUCUAUCAGACAAUACUUGCAAUAUAUUUAAGGCACACCUCUAUGUGAUCACUGAUAGUUUGUCCUUAGGAGACCCAUUCAUGUCAUGAACCAAAGAAUUCCCCACAAAGCUAAUUUGGGUGAUGAAUGUUUUAAUCUGAAAACAGCUUUUAUUCUCCCAAAUAAAACAUCACUGUGGAAAAUGGGGUUCAACUGAAAGACGAAUUUUUAAGUUGGAAAUAAGGUGUAAUUUUAUCAUGGUGUAACAAAUUAUUGUCCAAUCUUUAGCACAAGUCUCAAGCUUUAUUAAGAAAGGGAAAAAGUUCCAUAUAGCUAGAACAUAUGGCUUUGAUUAAAGAGUACUAUGUAGCACUAAAACAGUGAAAGUAUAAGCAUACUGAUUUUGAUUAAAACAAUAUUAUUGUCUCUGUAUGGACCAGUUUUGUCAUUUUUGUGCUUUUAAUGUUACACCUACUUUUUCUCAGCUGAAGCAGAAAAUUGAGAAGCUAGAAAAAGCCAAUUUAGCUGAAAAACCAUGGCAGAUGUCUGGUGAAGCAGGUGGAAAGGUGCGACCAAUAAACAGCUUGCUUGAAGAAGAUAUCAGCUUUGAUCACACUACUGUCACUGGUAACCUCAGAUUUCUAUUUGUAAAAAUAUGUUAUUGACUUGAAAGUACACUGUUUUAGAACCAAGUGGGUUAAAAACAGUUUAGCUAAAUACAUGUAUUGCCAUUAAAAGCCAUCACUGUCUAAAAUUCCAUGUGUGUUGAUUCACAUGAGCUCUUUUGUCUUGUCUGCAUUCCUAUGCUUUCAAAACCAAAAACUGAUGGCUACACUGCACUGCAGGCCACUUGAAUACAUGUGUCCUGGGUGUAUUCUUGAAUAUCACUUCGUUAUGUGAUUCAGUUUUGCGAUCUGUGUACUACUGAAGACAUAGCUUUCCCACCUACCCACCCCUCCUUCCCCCGUUUUCACCACUGUUGUGUUCAGACAUUUUUCACUGUUGGUAGGCUGACUUUCUAAUAGACCAUUUUACAGUUGUGGGCUUAGUAUCACAGCAUUUGAGUGGACGUGAGGUUGAGGUUGACCUUGUUUUGAUACAAAUAUCCUUCCUUUUCUUAUGGAAAUUAUGCUAAAACAUAAGUAAUCAGCAUAAGAAAAACCUGAUUUACGUAAUAAAGCAGGGAGGGUUGUAUCAAACCAAGGUCAACUCCAGCCUUGUUUUCACCUGUAACUGUAAAAUAUGCUAUGGCUAGGGAAACUGGGUCAAGUUUAGAUACUUUUGCAAAGACAGGGGAAAAAAUUGCCAAUACCUUACUAGCGUGUCCCCAGUAACGAUCCCAGGAACAAUAUUAUUGCAGAACACAUUUCAUCUCAUCUCCCCUUCUCAUUUCUAAAGUGGCGAAUAUGUUCUGCAUGUGCAAUAUUUUUUGUGUAGCAGUAAUGCACCUAUCAAUUGGGAGUUUAAGCAAUGACGACGGCAAUGGCAUCAAGAACGGCAAUAAACUACCGUAAUAUGUUUAGAUUGGCAAAAUAACAACUUUGCACAUGCAUCACGCUUUUUUGUACAUUUCUUUGCCAUCAUUGCACAACUACAACAUGAAAAUGCCUAAUUUCAGGUUUUGUCAAGGACGGGAACACAAAACAACAAGUUUCUUUUUCUUUUCCUGAACUUAGAUACAAUCCUUUAGAAUUCAACUCCAAAGAAAUUUGCAACAUUUGACAAAUUAAACAUAAGGGAAUAAGCCCGAUAAAGUUUCAGGCAGCGCAAAUUUACUUUUUAAGUGACAUUUUCAUAGCCUUUGCUGUCGUCGUUGCUUAAGCUCCCUAAUGUUAAUCUGGAGGGGGGCAGGCCAGGAGAAUGUCGUGGAUUUGACAAAGGAAGUCGGCCCUUGGUGGGGAGUCCCGAGGGUGGGGACUUUUGAAUUUCCUCUGAUGAUGGAUGCCAUCUUGGAUUGAAAGCUGUAAAAGACCUGGUUACCAAUCGGUUACCCAUGGAUUGGUAACCAGAAAUGGGGGCAUUGUUCCCGCAAGAAUCUGUGGGUAUUUUUAAACACAUGUGCAAGAUAGCAGCAAAAAAUGUGACAAAGUAAACCUUAUAAAAAACAAGAAGACCCUGGGGACGAGGUUGGUGGUGAGGUAUCUGUUUUCAUCCUCUCUAUUCUUAUUCAAAUGAAUCAUGAAUCUAUUGAGUGAUGGCCUUCAAAAAAAUCUGCAAAAUGAAAAGCUGAAAGGCUCUGAAAAACAAAAUUCUACCACUGGGUUCACAGUUAUUAAAGUUCACAAUGAGACAAACUGAAAUGGCUAAUUAUAUAUGAAAAUGGAAAACAUCAUGGGAUACUUGCAGUUUUAAAGGUCUUGCUGCUUGACAAUUAGAAAGAUUGCAUUCUGUUGGACUUCUGACAAAACUGGUGAGCCUGUUUAUAAUACCAACAGCAUUUUAAUGACAAUGUUUCUACUUUCAGUGAAACGUAUCUGACCUCUUGUCUUAGUCGGAGGGGUGUUUUAAUCAAAUAUGAUGUCCCAGGGAUAGGGCAUUUGACCAAACAAAUGCUUCAAGUUCAAAUCCCCAGCCUUUGCUCCCCCCCCCCCUCUUAGGUUAACAUUGAUAGGUGCAUAAAUGGUAUUCAUCAUGGGAGAAGUUAAUUUCUAAUCAAAUAGCUAUUUAUCAUAUCUGCCACAGCUCCAGAUAUAACAGAAGAAACAACUCAAAACCUUGAGGAUAUUGUUAAGCAAAGAAUCAAAGAUGAGGUUUGUAAUACUGAACUUUACUGCAAAUCAUAUUGUCUAGUCAUUGUGUAAUUAUCGUACAGAACUAAUGAGGCCUUAGGUUUUAUUCCGACAAGGGACAUGAUGGACUUGAAACUGCAGCAUACGACAGAUGAAAUGGUGAUAAAUGACAUGAAGUUGGUUUAAACCUAUAACAAUGAUGAGGAAAAUCACAAAUACAGUAGUAAAAUACCGACAGCGACAUGGCCUCUUCUUCAAUACAUGAGACUGCUCGCAUUUUAGGGUUUUUUUUUAUCCUGUUUUGUUUCUUAUUUGAGUGCAAUGCCUCUAAACUUGAACCCAUUUUGGCAUUUAAGCAAUUGGUUUAAGUUAACUAGAUGGAGGAAAUUGUCUUCUUAUCGAGUGACUCUUACUUUCAGGCAUGGGAUGAUGUCGAACGGAAAAUAAAGCCGGUAACAGAACCAUUUGAGUACAAGAAAAAGAUAUCACUGGACCAAGAGAAAAGUAAAUUAAGCCUCAGCCAAAUUUACGAACAGGAAUACCUCAAACAAACACAGGUAAGAUAAGUAAUAGUCUUUCCACGUAAAUUUAUUCCCAAUGAAGUGUGAAUGACCACAAAUUCACUUUUCACAUUCUCUUCUUCUCACUUAAAGGGCCGUGUCAUAGCUGUCCAGUUCAGUGGGUUAAUAUCGCCAAUAAUUCGUCUUUAUCCGCUAAAUUACAUAAAAUAUUUCCCUCAAAGCAUUUGAUAUCAAACGUUACAAACAACAAAAGUGAACCUUGAAAAACUGUUCAAAAACUCAUUUAUAAUUCAUACAGAAAACAGAAAAGAAAUUAAUACGGAAUCCAUUAGGAAAUUGAGUACAGUCAACUCUCUCCAAGACCGACACCUUUGGGACCGGCACUAAGUGUCCGUCUUAGAGAGAUGUCCGUCUUAUAGAGAGUCAAAUAAAAGGAGUAAAGAAAGGCAUGGACCAACUCUAGGUGUCCGUUUUACCGUCUUAUAGAGGUGUCCGUUAAGAGAGAGUUUACUGUAAUUGUAAUUUUCAGUGGACAAAAACCUUAUACCAGAAUUCUUUCAAUCAUAUUGCAUUCUUUUUUACACUUUUCGAGGGCUAUAAAUGUAAUAAGUUAUAUGAAAUACAGUGUAACUGCAAAGAAAAGAUUCUUAUGAGAGCUCAAGAAAACAAACUUCAAAAACUUCAAAUUUCACAAAAUGAAAUCUUACGCAUGACGAUUUUAACUUUUCUUAUUAAUUUUGUGACACAGCUUCUUUAAAAGCUUACUUCUAGUACCUUGCCGUGAACCUGCCUACUGCCAAAUGAGAAGUUAUCUUUUAAUCUUUACUUUUACAGGAAGAGGCCGAAGAAAAAGAAAAUGAAGAACAUACUGAAAUCAAAGCGUUGAUGAGCAAAUUGUUCACAAAACUAGAUGCGCUGUCUAACUUCCAUUUUACGCCAAAACUGGUAAGGGAUGUGUGUCAUCAUAAGUGUAUUUACAUGCGUAUUGCUGACCUGCCUCUGUUGCCACGGUCAAGAAGGCAGGCAGGGAAACAGGUUCUCCAAGGUCAAGGAAACUGAAGUCAGGAGUAUAUUGCAAAAUGUUAUAGAAAACUCUAGUUCUUGACGGUUCCGGUUAGUGGAAAGUUAGGGUAUUCCACUUUCCGUUUGCUCCACAAGUCCUUAUAGGGCUAUUUAUACGAGGUAAAAUAAGACGCUUUGUUUCACAGAAGACGCGUUUUAAAUAAGAUGCGAGCUUCUGGUAUAGAGCGAUUUUCGUAUGACCUUGAUUGUUUUAUCAGCCAAUGGAUGAAAAGAUCAAAACAUGGACUCUUCGUUUUCCCGCCAAAGAAACCCUAAUAUGAAAGAGGCAUUGUUCGAUUUGCCAAUCGUGUUGCAGUAUGAAGUCAAAGCGAACUAUCGAUUGAUAACUGAGAUGUAACUUAGCUAAGACGCAGGUGAUAUGCUCGCACAAUUGGUGCAGGUAGUUUGCGCCUUAAUUGUUUGAGAAGCUUGUUUUUUUUCUCGUAUAAAUGGCCCAUGAGUUAGUACCUAAAGGGCAUCCUUAUCCAGAAAAAAUCUGUAGUCGAUAGAUUUAGAUGUUCUAAUUUUCCCGUGGAACAUCAAAUUCCGUGAAACGCUACGCCGGUAAAAAUUGCUUAAGGUCAGGGACAAGUCAACGAUUUUUGUGGUGGUAAUGAUUAGCAGCCCUGCAUGGAAGCGUUGCAUGAGUAGUUCCAAGAGAGGAUUACUCGCAACUCCCGCACUUCCGACAUGUUUUUGUGCUUUCCCUCCUCCACGAAACUUCCACGCAAGGCGCGAGGAGAAAGGGAGCUUUAGCAUCGACGACGGCGACGGCAACGAGGACGUCAAAAAGCAAUAAAACAACAACUCUGCACGUGCAUCACACCUUAUUAAAUUUUGUUCAUUUCUGUGCCGUCCCCUGCAUGACUACGACGUGAAAGUGCCCGAUUUCAUGUUUUAUGGAGGACGUAAUCAAACCACGACGAAUUUUCCUUUGUCUUUCUAAACUCGCGUUUCGGUCCCCAAGAAAUCAACUCCUGAGAAAUUCACCCAUAUUUGACAUUUUCAGCGAAUUGGAAUAAACGCGACAAUAUUUGGAAAAAACGCGAAAUCAUUUUAAAAGUGACGUUUUCUUUGCCGUCGCCGUCGUCGAUGCCAAUCCGCGGGAAAACCGAUGCGUUCCAAAAAAACUUUGGAGGGAUUACAAUGGGUAGAGGGCCCAUAUGGGGGAUCAAUUCUCUUACGCUUUAUCCUCUCUUGUUAAUUCUCAUGUUAAUUUUUUUAAGUUCUAUUUAGCAGAUAUCAGUCUUUCUCACAUAAACUCUUACUUUACGUUUCAGCCCAAACCAGAACUAAAAGUUGUGAGCAAUGUUCCAGUCAUAUCGGUGGAGGAAGUGGCGCCAGUGUCUGUUAGCGAUGCCAUGAUGCUAGCUCCUGAGGAAGUUCAUGAGAAGAAAAAUGAACAGAAAGGAAAAACAGAGCUGACGGAUACUGAUAGAAAACGGGAACGACGAGCAAAGAAACGGAGACAGCACGAACGAGCUGUGGAAAAAACAAAACGAAGAAAGCUGGUCGAGAAGCUUGGGAAACAAGUAUUCGAAAAAAGCAGCGCUUGA